AUGGAUUUGUUUCUCUCAAAAACUUUCAGUGAUGGAACGGUCUGUAUUGAUAUAAUGAAAAAGUUCCUGACAAGAGAGUUUAGAGCUGAUUUAUUAGAAUUAUAUCUCCUCAUGUCUAAAAAUCCCAAAUCCGAUGAUGUGGAGCUAUGUGAAAAGUACCCUCAACAUUUUGCACCACUGUCUAACUUUGGAAAUGGGUCCAAUAAUCAAAGCCAUUUUCAAAUUGUAACACUUAAUUUACUGGAGGCUUUUGGAAGGCUGAAACAAACAGUUGUAUAUGAAGAAGAAUAUCUUUCAAAAACUAUGGCUGAAAUCGAGUUUGUUUUUAACAGUAUAAAGUAA